AUGGAACAUUUGCUUGGAAGGUUGGAGAAAACUCUGUAUGAGGUUGGACCUGUUCUUGAUGAUGCUGAGCAGAAGCAGUUCACUGACAAGAAAGUGAAGAAGUGGCUUGUUGAUCUCCAAGAUGCUCUCUAUUUUGCUGAUGAUUUGGUCGAUGAACUCUCCACUAAGGCCGCCAUCGCCACCACUCUAAGAGAUCCAGGUAUCUCUUCUUCCUGUUCUUCUCUUGUUGAUUCAUAUAUUGAAGAUACUGGUGACAUGGAAAAAAUAGUUGGUACACUAGAGUCUCUUGUAGCAAAGAAAAAUUAUCAUCGUCUGAAAGAGUGCCCCAAGGUGGACAUGUCAUGGAGAACUCCAUCCACAUCUCUCGUUGUAAGUUCUGACAUUUUUGGUCGGGACGAAGACAAGGAGAAGAUAAUUAAAUUGCUGUUAGAUGAUACUCGUCAUGCUGAAUCACCUGUGACUGUCAUUCCCAUUGUGGGUAUGGGCGGAAUAGGAAAAACUACUCUGGCUCAACUGGUUUAUAGUGAUGUCAAAGUGGUGGAAAAUUUUGACACUAGAGUAUGGGUGUGUGUUGCUGAAAAUCCCGACCCUGUUCAUGUUACAAGGACAAUAAUAGGAGCAAUAGAUUCUUAUUCCUGUAGCAUGGACAAUUUUGAUUUUCUUCAGACUAAUUUGAAGAAAAGGUUAACAGGAAAGAAAUUCUUAGUUGUUUUGGAUGAUGUCUGGCAUGAUCACCGAGACACAUGGGAGGAUUUCCUGAAACCUUUUCGGGAUGGGAAUAUUGGAAGUAAAAUUCUCUUAACAACCUGGAGUGAAAAGGUUGCUUCUGUGUUCGUAGCUCCUAAUCGACAUUAUCAAUUAAGUUUAUUGUCAGGCAAAGAUUGUUGGUCGGUGUUUUCGAAGCAUUCAUCUGUUUCUACUAAUUCCGAACAAUAUGCAACUCUAGAACCAAUUGGCAGAAAAAUUGUUGAAAAGUGUAAGGGAUUACCUUUGGCUGUGAAGACACUUGGAGGCUUACUGCGCAAUAAGUAUAAUGUAAGGGAUUGGGAGAAUAUACUUAAAAGUGAAAUUUGGGAACUCCCGGAAGAUGAAAGCAAGAUUAUUCCUGCAUUAAGAGUUAGCUAUGACUACCUCCCUUCACAUUUAAAGCGAUGCUUUGUUUAUUGCUCACUGUAUCCUGAAGAUUAUCAAUUUGCCAAAUAGCCCAGUUUGGGUAACUAACUUAAUUAAGCUCCUUUUGAUAAAA